CUACGCAGGCGCCAGGUAGGGAAACCGGAAGCGGAAGGUUUGAACGCGUUGGGUGGGCGCCUAUGACCCGUAGCCAUGCGCGACUUGAAAGAGUCCAGGCCUCGCGCCACAGCGACCCCGUGCGGGUGUGUGAAACCGGCCCUGGAGACAGGGAAUCUUUUAACUGAGCCAAUUGGUUACUUGGAAUCCUGUUUCUCAGCCAAGAAUGGUACUCCAAGGCAGCCAUCCAUUUGUAGCCAUUCACGGGCUUGUUUAAGGAUUAGAAAAAGCAUCUUUAAUAAUCCUGAACAUUCCUUGAUGGGCUUAGAACAGUUUUCUCAUGUGUGGAUUUUGUUUGUUUUUCACAAAAAUGGUCAUUUGAGCUAUAAGGCAAAAGUACAGCCUCCUAGGCUGAAUGGUGCAAAGACUGGCGUUUUCUCUACAAGGAGCCCACAUCGUCCCAAUGCAAUAGGACUGACCCUGGCCAAACUGGAAAGGGUAGAAGGUGGAGCUGUCUACCUUUCUGGAAUUGACAUGAUUCAUGGCACACCUGUACUAGACAUAAAGCCCUACAUAGCUGAUUAUGACUCACCGAAAACUUUGAUUGAGUCUUCAGGGGACUUCACCUUACAGAAUAACCAACAUAAACCAAAAACCGUGUCCCAGUCUGAAGGCAAGACUGAUAGCUGUGACUGGCAACAGCUCUCAGAGUACAAGGAAUCACAGCCCUGCCGCUGCACUACGGAGAAACCCAAAUGUCCUGAAGAUAGAACUUCAGGGGAAAACAAUGUGGGAUCUGAUGACGCAGCAAACACCCAGCAAAGCUCACCUGAGCCGAGGGAGAGAGCAGCAGAGUUGGGUGAAGAAUCCAGUCCCAGGGUGGCACAAGAGCAAAGUGGCCCACGUAUCCAGGAGAAGAGCCCUUCAGAGGAACAAGAAGACAGCAGGCUGAAGAGAGGGGAAGAAGCAGUGGCCCCAGAAGGACACGGCCCAGAGAUGUCCCCCAAGGCUCCUUCCAGGGUGGCCGGUACAGCCCACUGCAGCCUGGUCCCUGCCUGGGUGAGAGAGGCCCCUGUGGCCACCUUGGCAGUCCGGUUUACUCCUCACGCAGAGAUGGACCUUGAGCACCUCAGCUCAGGUGAACCAGAAGGAUAAAGACAGCACCUCCACCCCCCAGUACCACUCCAGAUGAUAUUUUGAACAGGGACAACAUUCUGUAAAGCACCUGCCUUCCUGGUAGAGCCUGAUCUUUGUUUGGAUGUAUGUUAUGUGGCAGCUAUUAAAAAUUAGGUUACAGUUAAUCUUUUAUUUAAGUUUUGUAUGUAAUAUAUUUCUAAAAAUUAUAACACACCCACAGUGUUAUAAACAUAGGAAAUGUUUCCGCUUCCUGUGUUUACUGACAUACAAACCUGGGGAAUGGGGUAGCCUCUUCCCAGUGAUGGUGUUGACCUUAGUCUACCCGCUUCACUGUUCUCACAAGGGCUUUCCCAUUUCUCCUACAGAAAGUAGCGUUACUUUUACUUGUGGGUGUGUGACACCUCCCCUGCCUGAGGCACCCUGCCCUGCCUUUAGGUAGUGCUCUGGCUAUGUGUGGCCUUCUGAGCAUGCUGGGACUGUCAUGCCUUUCAGUGACCAUGCCUGCAUUGUGAGAGGAAAAUGACAAGGAAUUGAAUUCAAGUCUAUGUUGAGCUUCCCUAGUGGCUCAGUUGGUAAAGAAUCUGCCUGUAGUGCAGGAGACCCAGGAUCAAUCUCUGGGUUGGGAAGAUCCCCUGCAGAAGGAAAUGGCAACCCACUCCAGUAUUCUUGCCUGGAGAAUUUCAUGGACAGAGGAGCCAGGCAGGCUACAGUCCAUGGGGUCACAAAGAGUUGGAUAGGACUGUGUGACUGACUUUCACUUUCUACACUGAGCAUAGAAAGUGACAUUUUGGGUGCACAAAAGUGAAAGUUCAGCUGUCCUGCUUAGGAGACUAAGGAAAAUUAUUGCCAUGAUUUUCUUUGCUCAGCAGAUUUCGAAUCUGGGUUGAGUGUGCAUAAAUUUAAUAUAAUGACAGUACCACUUGAAUAUACCACUUGAAUAUGUACCACUUUAAUAUAAUGACAGUACCACAUUCUUUAUGAUGACUAAGUAGAUUUCCAAGUGAUAUUCAAGGCUCCAACCAGCCUCCACUUUGAAACUCACUGUACUGAAAUUUGACUUGCUUGAUUUUGAUAAUUAAGUCAUGGGGUCCUUUUUUGGG